AUGUCCUCCAAUCCUAGUCUUACCCAACUGCUGCUCCCUUAUCCUUAUUCCCUCCAAACCCAUCGCCACUCUAUCACUAUUCCCAUUACCAAACACCCUUCUCCACCCUCUUCCACAGCCACCGUUACCGUUACCGCCACCGCCGCAGAACCCCGUUCUCCUUCCGAAUGGAUCGACCACCUUCGCUACCAAACCCAAUCCUCCACCUUCCGCGAAGCCAUCUCCACCUACACCAACAUGGUCGCAGCCGGCGCAGCACCCGACAACUUCGCCUUCCCCGCCGUCCUGAAAGCCGUGGCGGGCGUUCACGACCUGAGUCUCGGGAAACAGAUUCACGCCCACGUCCUCAAAUUCGGCUACGGUUCGUCCUCUGUCACCGUGGCCAACUCCCUCGUCAACAUGUACGGCAAAUGCGGCGACGUCGAGGGUGCACACAAGGUGUUCGACAGAAUCACCGAAAGAGACCACGUUUCGUGGAACUCCAUGAUUGCCAACUUGUGUCGGUUCCAGGAGUGGGAGCAGUCUCUGCAGUUGUUUCGGUUAAUGCUGUUGGAGAAUUCGGAACCAACCUCGUUCACUCUCGUCAGUGUUGCUCAUGCGUGUUCCAAUCUGCGUGAUGGGGUGCGGCUUGGGAAGCAAGUGCAUGCUUAUACUCUGAGGAAUGGGGAUUGGAGAACGUUCACUAACAAUGCUUUGGUUACCAUGUAUGCAAAACUAGGGAGGGUUGAUGAUGCCAAGGCUUUGUUUGAGGUGUUUGAUGAUAAAGACAUGGUGUCUUGGAAUACUAUUAUUAGUUCACUAUCUCAAAGUGAUAGAUUUGAGGAAGCGUUGUUGUAUCUACACCUUAUGAUUCUCAGUGGAGUUAGGCCUGAUGGGGUUACGUUGGCAAGUGCUCUGCCUGCUUGCUCUCAUUUGGAGAUGUUGAGGACUGGAAAGGAAUUGCAUUCCUAUGCCUUGAGGAACACAGAUUUGAUUGAGAACUCCUUUGUUUGUAGCGCUUUGGUUGACAUGUAUUGCAAUUGCAAGCAAGCCCAAAAGGGUCGAUGGGUUUUUGAUGGAACCUUGAAGAGGACCGUGGCGGUUUGGAAUGCUAUGCUUGCUGGUUAUGCGCGGAAUGAAUUUGAUGAUGAAGCAAUAAAACUCUUCAUUGAGAUGGUUGCUGAAUCAGAUUUUUGUCCGAAUGCUACGACAUUGUCAAGUGUUUUGCCUGCUUGUGUGCGUUGUGAUGCAUUUUUAGACAAAGAAGGCAUCCAUGGUUACACAGUGAAAAGGGGCUUUGAAAAGGAUAAGUACGUGCAAAAUGCACUAAUGGACAUGUAUUCCAGAAUGGGAAGGAUAGAAAUUUCAAAGAGCAUAUUUAGCAGCAUGGAUAGAAGAGAUAUAGUGUCUUGGAACACGAUGAUCACUGGUUAUGGUGUUUGUGGGUGCCAUGAUGAUGCGCUUAAUCUUCUGCAUGACAUGCAGAGAGGUCAAGAAGAAGAUAGGAAUAACACUUUUGAUGAUUGUGAGGAUAAUGGAAGCAUUCCCCUCAAGCCUAAUUCAGUGACUCUAAUGACAGUGCUUCCUGGUUGUGCUGCCUUGGCAGCUCUAGGUAAAGGGAAAGAAAUUCAUGCUUAUGCUGUUAAACAAAUGCUGGCAACAGAUGUUGCUGUGGGAAGCGCACUAGUUGACAUGUAUGCAAAAUGUGGUUGUUUGAACUUAUCUAGGAUAGUCUUUGAUCAAAUGCCUAUAAGAAAUGUUAUUACUUGGAAUGCUCUUAUCAUGGCCUAUGGGAUGCAUGGGAAAGGAGAAGAAGCUUUGAAGCUUUUCAGAAGAAUGAUGGCACAAGGAGACAGCAAAGGGGAAAUAAGGCCCAAUGAAGUGACCUAUAUUGCCAUUUUUGCUGCUUGUAGUCACUCUGGGAUGGUGGAUGAAGGCCUUAAUUUAUUCCAUACAAUGAAAGCUAACCAUGGGAUUGAACCCACAGCUGACCAUUAUGCUUGUGUUGUGGACUUGCUUGGCCGAUCUGGUCAGGUUGAUGAGGCAUAUAAACUGAUCAAUACAAUGCCAUCCAAUAUGAAUAAAGUAGAUGCAUGGUGUAGCUUGCUUGGUGCCUGUCGGAUACGCCAGAAUUUAGAAAUUGGUGAAAUUGCAGCGAAGCACCUAUUUGUCUUGGAGCCAAAUGUGGCUAGCCAUUAUGUUCUACUGUCAAACAUAUACUCUUCAGCUGGACUCUGGGACCAGGCAAUGGAUGUUCGGAAGAAAAUGAAGGAAAUGGGAGUAAGAAAAGAACCUGGUUGUAGUUGGAUUGAGCAUGGUGAUGAGGUUCAUAAAUUUUUGGCAGGGGAUGGUUCACACCCACAAAGUAAAGCACUCCACGAAUAUCUUGAAAUUCUGUCCCAAAGAAUGAGAAAGGAGGGAUAUGUUCCUGAUACUUCCUGUGUGCUUCACAACGUAGAUGACGAAGAGAAAGAAACUAUGCUCUGUGGGCAUAGUGAGAGACUGGCAAUAGCUUUUGGCCUUCUAAAUACCCCUCCCGGAACUACCAUUAGAGUUGCGAAAAAUCUUCGGGUUUGCAAUGACUGCCAUGUUGCCACUAAAUUCAUAUCAAAGAUCAUGGACAGGGAAAUCAUUCUUAGAGAUGUUAGAAGGUUCCAUCAUUUCAGAAAUGGAACUUGCUCUUGUGGGGAUUAUUGGUGAAAAAUGAAUAGUAAAAAAAUUGAUUCUUUCUAUAAAAAAAUUGUUUCUUUCUAAGUAAUUCACUUCAUCCCCCCUCCCUCUCCCUCAAUUUCUCUUCCUAUCAACUCCCUUUUUCCCUUCUCCUUCACAGGCGAGAAAUUCAGCUGAGAUCUUCAAUCAUUGAAUCUGCAGUUACAUAAUUUGGAUAACAUGAAACUGUAUAGAGUUUCAUGUUGUAUCUACUGAAUCCCUCCCUGAUAUUUUUUUCAUAUAGCCCAUAAGAUGCCUUUUCUUCCAAUUCUUUACUACUAACUCCCAAUCCUAGAUGGCCUGUGGCUGUGGCUAGCCCAAAAUAAGCUGAGUUGUUGGAACACUAAUGCAAA